AUGCCUGCUUCAACUACCUCCCAGAUGCAAAUGCCCCGUGAGCCGGCUCCCGCAGCUUUCCCUGCCGAACGAACCAGCACCGAACAACCGCGCCCGGUUCAACCAAUGUCAAUGGAACAGCCUCAAAUGGGCAUGCGAGGAGGCAAGAACGACGGAGGUGCCAUCUGCUGUGGUAUCUGUGCCGGCCUGUGCUGUUUCGAGUGCCUCGACUGCUGCUGUUAA